UCCACCUUCCAAACUGCCCCAUCUCUCAGUUCUCCCACCUCCGACAAAAAUGAGAAUGAGUUGGGUGAGGGGAGGGAUCAUCGGAAAAGGGUCGUUCGGCACCGUGAGCCUCGCCGCCGACCGAUCCAACGGCUCAAUCUUCGCCGUCAAAUCCAUCAAUUUCAAUUCGUCCACGCCGCGCGCAAUCGCCGCCUUGGAGAAUGAAAUUCGACUCCUUUCUUCUCUUAAUUGCCCUCACAUCGUCUCCUACCUCGGUGACGACCUCACCGAGGAGCCCGGCGGCCGGUUCCUUAACUUGCAUCUUGAAUAUCUCCCCGGCGGCACGGCGGCGGAGCUCGCCGCCUCGGGGAAGAUGACGGAGAAGGAAGUGCGGGGGACUACGAGGUGCAUCGUUCGAGCGCUUCAUUAUCUCCACUCGAAGGCCGGCGUGGUUCACGGCGACGUCAAGGGUCGGAAUGUGGUGCUGGAAUCGCGGGCGACAGGGGAUGCGAAACUGGUGGAUUUGGGAUCGGCGAGGGAGGUGGUGGGAGGGAGGGAGAAGGGAGAAGGAACGCCGCUGUGGAUGUCGCCGGAGGUGGCGAGAGGAGAAUCGGCGACGCCGGCGUCGGAUGUGUGGUCGGUGGGCUGUACGGUGAUCGAGAUGGUGAAUGGGGGAAGGCAGCCAUGGGGAAUCGUAGGGAGUGAUCCGAUUAUGGAGAUGUUUGGAUUAGGGUUUCGGGAGGCGGUGCCGGAAAUGCCGGCGGGGAUAUCGAAGGUUGGUGCAGAUUUCAUCGAGAAAUGUCUGAGAAGGGAGCCAGGGGAGAGGUGGAGCUGCGAGGAGUUGCUCCGGCAUUCAUUUCUGGGGGAUUGGGAGGAGAUGUCGCCGAGGAGUGUGUUUGGAAUGGGGGAAAUGGAGGAUGGGGAGUGUGUGGAGGAAGAGGGGAGGAGGAGGAUGAGGGAGUUGCAGUCGCCGGAGGAGCUGAAAUGGGGCAGAGGAGGGUGGGUGGAGGUGAGGGGUAAAUAUCAAUCUCAAUAUUUAUGA